GGCGUGAAAGUGACGGAUGAAGUGAUCGCAGUGUUCAAUGACAUGAAGGUGCGCAAAGCGCAGGCCAAUGAGGAGGAAAAGCGCCGGAGGAAGAAGGCCAUCCUUUUCUGCCUUAGCAAGGACCUGAAGAAUAUCGUGCUGGAUGACGGGAAGGAGAUCCUGCUGGGUGAUCUGGGCGAAACCGUUCACGACCCCUACCAGCACUUUGUCAAGAUGCUGCCCGCCGACGAUUGCCGCUACGCCCUCUACGACGCCACAUACGAGACCAAAGAGACCAAGAAGGAAGACCUGGUCUUCAUCUUCUGGGCUCCCGAUAGCGCCCCCCUCAAGAGCAAGAUGAUCUACGCCAGCUCAAAAGAUGCCAUCAAAAGAAAGUUCGAAGGUAUCAAGCACGAGUGGCAGGUGAACGGCUUGGAAGACCUCAAGGACCGGCACACCUUGGCAGAAAAACUGGGCGGGAGUUCAGUUAUCAGCCUGGAGGGAUCCCCUAUAUAA